AUGGGUUCCUUCGAAAAAACAACGGAACACGCGCCCAGGUAUAUUGCGCAGUCAUACAAUCAUGCAGACUCGCAAGCAUCCGCGCUCAGGCUGGUGCUGACCCUCAACCCGCACUGGGAGGGCCCUGAGAACAAGAUCGAGUUGGUGCGAUUCACGGAUGGCAUAACUAACACUCUAUUGAAAAUCGUGAACCGGAAGCCCGGUUUGACGGACGAGGAUAUAGACAAUGAGGCAGUACUGAUGCGUGCGUAUGGUAACCACACGGAGAUCCUCAUAGACCGCGAGAGAGAGACCAACUCCCACGCUCUUCUCGCCAGGCGUGGCCUUGCUCCCCCGCUUCUGGCGCGCUUCCAGAAUGGCCUGUUAUACCGAUUCCUUCGCGGUCGAGUUGCUGCUCCUACAGACUUGGUGAAGCCUGCGGUCUGGCGAGGGAUUGCAAGACGACUGGGCCAGUGGCAUGCUGUCCUCCCAAUUAAUGAAACGCCUUCGUCCACUUCCACGGAAACGGGACUCCCCUCCCGGCCACUAGAUGUCGAUUCGCAAGACGAGCAAGAACCUAAUAAGGCCGAUGAUAUAGUUCCAAUCCAGCCCAGACAGCCCGGUACGAACAUCUGGACCGUUAUCCAGCGAUGGAUUCUGGCUUUGCCAACCCAGAAUGAGGAGCAGCGCCUACGGAGACGUAACUUGCAGACGGAGUUUGAGAAGAUUGUCGCUGAACUGGACGAUGGAACUGGGAUCGGCCAAGGAGGGCUGGUCUUCGGCCACUGCGACCUUCUUAGUGCGAAUGUCAUCAUCCUCCCACGAAAGGACGGUGCCUCCACACCUCAAGACGGCGUUGAAAAGGUCAACUUUAUCGACUAUGAGUAUGCCACGCCCUCUCCCGCGGCAUUUGAUAUUGCGAAUCACUUUGCGGAGUGGGGUGGUUACGACUGUGACUACAACAUGAUGCCUACUCAAUCUGUUCGUAGAGAAUUCCUGAAGGAAUACGUCACAGCAUACAGUCAACACGGAGGAAUCCCCGAAUCAGCCGUGGAUGAAACUGUCGACAAGCUCUACAUGGACGUGGAUCGAUUCCGUGGCAUUCCCGGCUUCUAUUGGGGAGUGUGGUCUCUGAUCCAAGCAACAAUCUCUCAGAUCGACUUUGACUACGCCUCAUAUGCCGAGGUCCGUCUAGGCGAAUACUGGGCCUGGCGUCGCGAGCUCGAUGGGUCUCGUGCUCGUGCAGGAGAAGAGAUGCCAUUGCGAGAACGCCGCUGGGCCCAGGAAGCCUAA